AUGGCUCCCGUAACAAGCAAAAAGCGUACCACCGCCCGCGCAAAAUCCGCUCGCGCAGCGCGCCCUCAAUUGCCAACACCCGACCCCACCGAAUCCUCUUCGCUCUUCGCCUCUUCCAAGAAAGACAAACGCUCAAUCAAGCACUCCGCGUUCGUCGGCAAGAUUGAAAAAUCAUCUUCCAAAUCCACGAAGCGAAGACGCCCAAAUAAGAAGCUCGUCGCUGAUCUCGAGUCCAUCGCCAAUGCGUUGCCCGACUUCGACGACGAUGGGGAAAAGGAGGAAGUGGAGGUAGGGCAGGCAAAAGUGCGGCGAAAGACUAUGAAAAGUCUGAAGAGCAGACCCGGGGCUACGAAGCGAAAAGAGAAACUGGAGAAGAUGGAGAGAGAUAGGUUCAAUGCGAACCUGGUACAGAUGGCGAGCACAGGCAGCGGGACAAGCACUGCGGUCGCAGACAGAUGGGCAGCAUUGAAGAACCAUGUGCAGGGUACAAUGGAGGUCAAGCCGGAGUUUGCAAAGAAAUGA